AGUAUCCUUAAAGGAAGUAAAUGUAUAGAGCUCUCAGGGAUUGAACAUUUUUAUACAUGUUUAUAAUUUUUCAAUUUAUAUACCAAUAUGAUGUCGUUAAAAAAGCGAAUCGUGUACGAUUUUAUAGUUUCGAAGAUAGCCAUUUUGGCGGGUGACGUGUUUGCAUGCCGAGUAUUGACAGCCAUAACAUAAAUGACCGACGUUGCAUGUAAUAUGGCGAUAAUUGCUUUUCCGAUGUACAGAAAGCAAAGGAUAUGGUAAUUUGUGAUUGAAUUAGAGAAGGAUUGAUACAAUUUUUCGCAAUGGUGAGAAAUAACGAUGAAUUUGAGUAUUGGCGGAUAAUAAACAGAAGAAAGGCCGCGUAUAAUUUUCAGUUGCGCUAGGGGAGGGGGGGCAAUGCACCAUGGGAACAAUUUGCGACAGGCGCAUGCGCAGAUCAGUUUACAGUUGGAGCUUCAAAGAAAAUGGCGUCAGCUAAGUUUCUGGAGGAAGCUCUGAGCACGGACGUCGAUGAAUCUGCAGUGAACGCAAUAGUGGGCUCCCUUGAAACACAAUUAGUGACAUCGACGCCGGCUGUCUCUGGCCAUCAAGUAAGUUCUGCAUCAGUUAGCCAGCAGAAUCAUCAGGUGAACAGUGGUAUUUCCAACGGGGGCACCAUUACCGCGGUUCAACCACAGAAACAUGGGGUUUCAAACGGCGGCAGUGCUACUACAGUAAAUAGUCUGAUGAAUCAAGAAGUUACGAAGUCCAUUACCACGAGUACUCUUCUCCCUGUAAACGUGGUUACUUCAAACACAGUGGCGCCACAGGUUACUACACAACAGCAGCAACAGCAUACACAGUCAGCAGUUCCCCCUGCUGCUUAUAUCAAUCAAGUUACGACAAAUCAGGUGACCAGCAACCAAACAACAAAUAUUCCAAGCCUUACUAAAACACAUGAACCUGUUAAAAUAAUUUAUCCGACUGUUGGUCAAGUAAUAGCAACCACAGGAGUAGUUAAUGCAAAUAAUAAACUCUCUUUUCCUGCACAAACUGUCGGACAACUAGCCAAUGGCACUUUGGGAAUAACAUCGCAAGCAGUGUUACAGACAACAUCAAACGUUGUUUCUAAUGUUGGUUCUGUCAGUGAAACAGGCAGUCAAACAGUUGCUAGUGUAAAUAAGCCAACAGGUACAGCUUUGGUGAUAAAGACUAGUGUAGCACCUAGUGGCAUGGUUUCCGUUCCAAUGUCUGUUCCUGUUUCUGUGGCUGGCAAUGCAGUCAGCACAGCACUACAGGGUAAAGCUGGUGUUACAUCUACGAUAGUACCCAGCAAUGUGCAAAUUCUUAAUGUUAAUGCAAUGCGUCCUGGUACACCAGUGACAGGGCAACAAGCAGGAAAACAGGUUGCACCUAGGGUAGUGAUUGGUCAACACAUGCUUGGGACAAGACCUGGAGCUCCAGGGAUAACAUUACAAACAUUACAUGGUCUUCAACCUGGAACUCAGGGUCAUAUACUAUUAAAAACAGAAAGUGGACAGUAUCAGUUACUAAGGGUAGGGCCACCUCCAACAGCAGGUACCCCUACUGGUACUACAGUUACACCAAAUAGUAUAACAGGAAAUGCAGUGGUUGCUGCACCAUCUCCAGGCACUACCUAUCGUUUAGCCUCAGUGCCGGCUACUGUUGCUGCAACUAUAACAACAGCAACUACUACUCCAGCAACAGUAACUGCUCCUGUCUCAAGUACACCUACCCCACCUGUUACUACCGUUCAAACAGUUCAGACAUCCACACCGCGUCAAACUACAGAUAAUACCAAAGAAAAGUGCCGUAAAUUUUUAGCGAACUUGUUAGAAUUGUCUAGUCGAGAACCUAAAGCAGUCGAACGAAAUGUUCGAACUUUAAUACAAGAAUUAAUUGAUACUAAAGUUGAACCUGAAGAGUUCUGUGAUAGACUUGAAAGAUUAUUGAAUGCAUCACCUCAACCAUGCCUGAUUGGAUUUCUCAAGAAAAGUUUACCACUUUUACGGCAAUCUCUUGUAACGAAAGAAUUGGUCAUAGAGGGGAUAAAAGCUCCUCCAGUCAAUGUUGUUUUUCCUGUAUCAUCUGCUACUCCUGUAGUAACGCAGAAUCAACUUAGACCAACUGUUGCUGUGACAGCUGCAACAGUUCCUGUAACUCCAGUUACUGCAACUACACAAGUAAGAGUAAUGACUCCACUACCUGCAGCUACAACCACAAUCCCACGACCUGCUCAGCCAGUUCAACAGAGGCUGAUACGACCUGUUACAACAGUAGUUCGUAGUCCUACACCAUAUACUGUGAAAUCAACGGUAGCGGUAACUGGAAUUCGACCUCCUGUGCCCACUGUUCAAAAACCACCUAUCGCAACAACUGUUGUUAAAACAGUUCCAACUACAACGCAAGGCAAAACAGUGAAUACAAUCACUACUGUUAACAAAACCAUAGUGCCUUCUUCUGUUCCAAAGCCAAUUACUAAAGAAAAAGAGAAAAAGACAUUUUCGUCUGCAGGAUACACGGGAGAUGAUGACAUUAACGAUGUCGCAGCAAUGGGUGGUGUUAAUCUUGCCGAAGAAUCACAAAGGAUUCUCGGUUCCACAGAAUUUGUUGGAACACAAAUCAGAUCUUGUAAAGAUGAAGUAUUUCUUCAUAUGACACCAUUACAACAAAGAAUUAAGCAAAUUGCUUCUAAUUAUGGAUUAGAAGAACCUAAUCAAGAAGUUGCCACGUUAAUAUCUCAUGCUGCACAAGAAAGGUUAAAGAAUUUAGUAGAAAAAUUAGCAGUAAUUGCAGAACACAGAGCAGAUUUGAUAAAGGUGGAUCCGCGUUAUGAAGUAACACAGGAUGUUAGGGCACAAUUAAAGUUUUUAGAAGAUUUGGAUAAAGUGGAACGUAGAAGACAUGAAGAACAAGAAAGAGAAUUACUUUUACGAGCAGCAAAAAGCCGUGCAAAAACCGAAGAUCCAGAACAAGCCAAGUUAAAGGCAAAAGCUAAAGAGAUGCAACGUGCAGAAAUGGAAGAAUUAAGGCAAAGAGAAGCGAACUUGACAGCUUUGAGAGCAAUUGGUCCACGUAAAAGGCCUAAACUUGAUACAGGAGUGUCUACCAGUAGUCCAGGCAGUAAUUCCGGCUUAAAUGCUUCAGUGACUGGAAUUAACAGACAAAUGCCAAUGAAACCACGUUUAAAGAAAGUGAAUUUUAGAGACCUAUUAUUCCUUCUUGAACAAGAAAAAGAAACGUGUAGGAGCACAAUGUUGUAUAAAUCAUACUUGAAGUGAUGUUCUGUAAAGGGCAGGAACUUAAGUGACCCGCCCGAUAUCUGGCGCCCUAUCUGCAUGGUCUUGUGUGAGCUGGCCUCAAUGGACCUUGAAUCGUGUAACGUUAGUGUACAUUGCAUUGUACAGUGUUUCAUAAAUUACAUACAAUGAAAUUCAUUACGGAUCACAUCGGGAUUCCAUAUACAUUCAAAAUAAGAUUAUUUCUAUCAUGUCGAUAAGCUUCCCUACUGUAAAUGACUGAAGAUUUUUUAAAUGUAAUAUAAUAGAUUGUUCUUUAUUUUUCAACACAAAAUUACAUUGGAAAGAGCAAUGUGUAUGAGCACAUGCUUGAUGAUCAGUCUUAGGUAGUCUCUUUAUGGCAAGAAUGUUGUAUGAUCAUAUGUAAGUAUUGUUAUAUGAUGCGUGUAUGUAUGGUGAACGAAUGCAUGUACAUUGUCAUUUACGUAUAUGCCUGCUGCAUUGUAACACUUGACCUAUACUUUUGGACACUGUAGCGCUAGUGUAAAGAGUGCAGGUUUUGUUAACAUAGUAAAUUGUAUUUUUGCAAAUUGUAAUGUAAUAAUAUACUGUGAGCACACUGUCCAAAAAGUAUGGAAUAAUUUGUACAAUACCUUACACAUAAAUACUAAAUAGUGAUAAUUUCAAUGUUGGUACAACAAAAUAUAGCUACUCUCCACCACAAGAUGGAAUUGUUAUCAGUAUAUUAUGUUGUAAUCUACAUUUUCAGUGUUUAUAAAAGAAUUAGCUGUUACGUUUUUUAUUAAAGAAAUAUUUACAAAAGUAAGAAUUACGGAUAUUUCUUCGAUUGACGUUAAUUUAAUCAUUUAUAUUUCCUCUUUGGAAUUAGUACAGUUUUUGCUAAUGUUUAGAGAAAAGUGUGCUUCACAUAAUCGAUUGAAAAAUAUUCAAAGCGUGUACCUGAUUUAUAAUGUAAAAGAAUCUGCUGCAGAUGUACGUGGGUGCCUAUUACAGAAUAAUUAAAAAGAUAUUAAUCUUUCCUAACUUGCUCAUCACGUGAGCGUCUUAUACUACACGUGCCCGAAAUAGAUUUCCAUGCAACAUUAAGA